AUCUAUUUACAAGCUACGUUUAUGAAUCUUAUUCUCAAGACUUGGAUCUUCUGUCUAAUAAAUAAACAUGAGUCAUCUGAAGCUGCUUGCAGCUACAUUGAAAUGGCAUGGCACUAAACUUCUGGAAAAGCAUGAUACAGCCAGAAAGAUAUUUUUCCAUGGCCAACGAUAUGUUUCAUCAGGAAUCUCAGAACCAUUCCUGAGUGGGAGUAAUUCCAGUUACGUGGAGGAAAUGUAUUAUGCUUGGCUUGAAAACCCCAAAAGUGUGCAUAAGUCCUGGGAUUUGUUUUUCCGAAAUGCUAACGCUGGCCAAGCAUAUGACCCUCACUUACCAGAUCAGUUAGAAAAAAAGGCAUCGUUUCUUCAGAGCCACGGCCUGGCCCAGACACCGGGCAAAGCCGAGAAACUUGUUGAAGAUCAUCUUGCUGUGCAGUCUUUGAUAAGAGCAUACCAAAUUCGUGGCCAUCACGUGGCUCAGUUAGACCCUCUUGGAAUUCUCGAUGCAGACCUGGAUUCGUUUGUUCCAUCUGAUUUAAUCACUACCAUUGAUAAACUUGGGUUUUAUGGUUUGCAUGAGUCAGAUUUGGACAAAGUCUUUCAGCUGCCCACAACUACCUUCAUAGGAGGAAGUGAGACCAGCCUUUCUUUACGAGAGAUCAUCAGGCGGCUGGAGAAUACCUAUUGCCAACACAUUGGCCUGGAAUUUAUGUUCAUCAAUGAUGUGGAGCAGUGCCAGUGGAUUCGGCAGAAAUUUGAGACACCAGGUGUUAUGAAGUUCACUAAUGAGGAGAAAAGGACUUUGCUGGCCAGGCUGGUGCGCUCAAUGAGAUUUGAAGACUUCCUUGCUCGSAAGUGGUCUUCAGAAAAGCGAUUUGGUUUGGAAGGAUGCGAAGUGAUGAUUCCUGCACUUAAGACCAUCAUUGAUAAAUCCAGUGAAAUGGGAAUUGAAUAUGUUAUAAUGGGGAUGCCUCACAGGGGUAGACUGAAUGUGUUGGCUAAUGUUAUCCGAAAAGAGUUGGAACAGAUCUUCUGUCAGUUUGAUCCCAAACUUGAAGCAGCUGAUGAGGGAUCUGGGGAUGUGAAAUAUCAUCUGGGAAUGUACCACGAGAGGAUCAACCGAGCAACAAAUAAGAAAAUCACUCUGUCCCUGAUGGCCAACCCUUCUCAUCUGGAAGCAGUUGAUCCAGUUGUGCAGGGAAAGACUAAAGCCGAACAGUUUUAUCGAGGGGAUACAGCAGGAAAAAAGGUUAUGUCCAUAUUAUUACAUGGGGAUGCUGCCUUUGCAGGACAGGGAGUGGUUUAUGAGACAUUUCAUCUUAGUGACCUCCCGUCUUAUACCACAAAUGGCACUAUUCACGUUGUGGUCAAUAACCAGAUUGGCUUCACUACAGACCCGCGAAUGGCCCGUUCGUCUCCAUACCCUACUGAUGUUGCUCGUGUGGUAAAUGCUCCUAUUUUUCAUGUGAAUGCUGAUGACCCUGAAGCAGUGAUGUAUGUGUGCAGUGUAGCUGCAGAAUGGCGAAACACAUUCAAUAAAGAUGUCGUUGUUGACUUGGUUUGUUACCGAAGGAGAGGGCACAAUGAAAUGGAUGAACCGAUGUUCACCCAGCCGCUAAUGUACAAGCAGAUUCAUAAACAGGUGCCGGUGCUGAAGAAGUAUGCUGAUAAAUUGAUUGCAGAUGGGACCGUAACCCUGCAGGAGUUUGAGGAAGAAAUCGCCAAGUAUGACAGAAUAUGUGAAGAAGCAUAUACUAGAUCUAAGGAUAAUAAGAUUCUACAUAUUAAGCACUGGCUUGAUUCACCUUGGCCUGGUUUCUUUAAUGUGGAUGGAGAGCCCAAGAGCAUGUCGUGUCCCCCAACUGGCAUUUCAGAAGAGCUGCUGGUUCACAUUGGCAAUGUGGCCAGUUCAGUGCCAGUCAAAGACUUCAAAAUCCACGCAGGACUCUCACGGAUUUUGAGAGCCCGCCUGGAGAUGACUAAGAACAGAGUCGUCGACUGGGCCUUAGCAGAGUACAUGGCUUUUGGCUCUUUUCUGAAGGAAGGGAUCCAUGUCCGACUAAGUGGCCAGGAUGUGGAAAGAGGUACUUUCAGCCAUCGUCAUCAUGUGCUUCACGACCAAGAAGUUGACAAAAGGACUUGUGUUCCCAUGAAUCACCUCUGGGAGCAGCAGGCCCCCUAUACCGUGUGCAACAGCUCCCUGUCCGAGUACGGCGUCUUGGGUUUUGAGCUUGGCUUUGCCAUGGCAAGUCCCAACGCCCUAGUGUGCUGGGAGGCCCAGUUUGGCGACUUCCACAACACGGCCCAGUGCAUUAUAGACCAGUUCAUCAGCUCGGGCCAGGCCAAGUGGGUCCGGCACAAUGGGAUCGUUCUGCUCUUGCCGCAUGGGAUGGAAGGCAUGGGUCCAGAGCAUUCAUCAGCAAGGCCUGAGAGGUUUCUGCAGAUGAGCAAUGAUGAUUCUGAUGCUUAUCCAGAGUUCACUGAGCAGUUUGAAGUCUCCCAGCUGUAUGAGUGCAACUGGAUUGUGGUGAAUUGUUCAACUCCAGCCAAUUACUUCCAUGUCCUCAGAAGACAGAUCUUGCUGCCAUUCAGAAAACCGCUAAUAGUCUUGACRCCCAAGUCACUCCUGAGGCAUCCAGAAGCUAAAUCCAGUUUUGAUGAAAUGGUAUCUGGUACCGCUUUCCAACGGGUGAUUCCUGAGAAUGGGCUGGCAGCUCAAGAGCCACAUGAAGUCAGGCGAGUGAUCUUCUGCACGGGGAAAGUGUACUACGAUCUGGUGAGAGAGAGAAAGAACCAAGACUUGGAGAAGCAAGUGGCUAUAACAAGGUUGGAACAGAUCUCACCAUUCCCUUUUGAYCUGCUGAAAAAAGAGCUUGAUAAGUAUCCAGAGGCUGAUCUAGUUUGGUGUCAAGAAGAACACAAGAACAGUGGAUAUUAUGAUUAUGUCAAACCACGUUUCCGCACAAUUGUGAACCACACYCGACCUAUCUGGUACGUUGGGCGAGAGCCCGCGGCCGCCGCCGCCACCGGCAACAAGAACACCCAUCUGGUGUCGCUCCGAAGGUUCUUGGAUACAGCAUUCAACCUGGAGGCCUUUGAGGGAAAGACCUUCUAACUGGAGGCACCAGCUCAUCUCCAUCACGAAGUGCAAUAAAUUGCUGCAGCUGGAAGAGGAAGCAAGCUCGAAUGGGAAAUUUUGUGUUUUUUCUUUGAGUUUAAAGGAUCCAAUUUCAAUUGUGUCCAUCGUGUUCUGUUCUCCAGUGUGCUGAGAGGCACAGGGGAAGUGAUUCUGCUUAUCUUCCACUGAUUUUCUUUUUAAUCAUUGUCUAUUUAGAUUCAGCAUUCAAGGAAUGUCUCUAUCCAUGGAUCCAGUGUCUGUAAGCACUAUCCAAUCACUGUAAGUAGAGCAGGCAUGGGCAGCAUGAUACGGUCAUGCACGUCUCUGAAAAAGAAGGGGGUGAGUUUGGGAGCUGCUAAGCAAAAAAUAUAUAUUUAUUGUUCUAGGAAAAAAAUGAUUGUCAGUUUUUGCUAGAACAAGCCAAAAGUUAAGGGUGUUACCCCUCAAGCUGAUAGAUAACUUUGAUGGAGAAAUGUACUGGCUGUCGGGAUUGAAAAGAGCUGGCAAGGUAGCCUGAUGAUGUGAGAAAAGAGGUUGGAAAUAGAGCUCCAUUACAAAGUCAAUAGCCCAUGGGUGAUAAUAAAAGCAGUGUGAACCACUUAGGUGUAAGGUGGARGAGGCAGAGAGAGAGAGAAACAGAAAGGGACCAUGAGCAGAAGUGUAGGGAAUAGAUAGCUGAGGAAGGAAGAAGUCUGCCCAGACAACAGCUCACAGCAGGGAGUGAUCAGCAGGAGGGUGAAACAGCAAAGUGCUGGACAUUACUUCAAAAGGAAGAAGGUGACAAUGCCAGCUGCUCCCAUUCCCUGGGCUGCCUGGUUUGAUGUACUGUGGUAGGUAGAGAACUGUGGGGUUCUCCUGUGGGCAUCUUCUCUUUUGAUGUAGUCAUCUUCUCUUCCCCAGAUUACAGGAAGCUGCUUUUCUUUGAGCUGGUAGCAACUGUACAAAGAUUAUGUCUUGAUGGGAAAUCUAUGUUUGCUUAGAAAUGGUGGCGCUCUACUUUGUCCAAUGCUAAUCUUUGUUUCAGAUUUUCUGAUGAAUUCAGCUCCAAAGUGACAAUUCCGAGUUUAAUAGCCUGUUUUUGUUUUAAGAAGAGGGUGGGCAGGCAGCAGUUGUUGAUGGACCAGAGGUAGGUGCUGUGUUUUAGCACAGGGAGUAAUGGAGGAAUGGCCGUAUCCAGGUAGGUAAUGCCCUGCACAAGGGCCCUGUUCUGCUGUGGUGUCUGCAGAGCGCUGAUAGAUGAGGGGAGCUGCUGCGUUGUACCCCGCGGCUGCAGAGCGCGAGGAGGGGGUGUCAUCCCUGGUCCCUGCGCUGAGCGAGCACUUGGGUCUUCUGAAGUCCUUGGCGAUAUGUCCUGCCCUGCUGCUGCUGGUGCUAUUUUGGCUGUGACAUAAGGAGGCUGGAYGGUUUAUGCCCGAUUCAGAGAGUCUGGCAAUGUUGAAAUGAUUCUUUUCUUAUCAAAACAAAAAGCAUUACUAAAACUUUUCAGCUAUGACMAUCGACUGGCAGUACAAGCAGGGUACCAAAAAGGGAUAUGUUUCUCAUGCUGUCCCUUCCUGUGGCCUGGGGACAGCGCGAUGGUGAAAAGUCCUGUUGAAAGAGCAGGAAAUGGAUGUGACAAUGUGCUUAUCAUGAUCUCCAGAACCAAACUUAGCCUGAUGUUUGUGAAUCUCUGUAGCAUCUUUUUGAAUUAGGCCAGUUGCCUUGGGCUUUUUCUUUCACUGAAACGUUGAAAUUAAUUUGGUCUUUUGGAACCUAAUGAACUUCAAGUACUGCAGUUGACAGCAGCAAAGAUGGUCCCAUGUCCAUUUCCAUGCUCAAAACAUUAAGCUGAUCGGCAUUAACUGUCGCCCGAAGUAUUUUAAUGCUUUUACGAAUGUGUGUCUUCGCGGCCGGAAUGUGUGCAGCUAAAUACUGCUGGCACCAUUUAUUGUGUUCUCUGCUUGCAUAAGGCAGGUCAGUGCUGCAUGAAAUGAAAUGUGAUAAAUGCACUUAUCCCA